AUGUUCAAGCAUUCUCACAUACGUCGUAUGCUUCGCCUAGGCGGCCCGUCGUCGCCUCCGGAAUUUUCCAAGCUCCAUAGGCGUGCAAUUGUCGAUAGUGUCAUUGAGUCUGACGUGCAGGGACGAGAAUGCUUCGCUCACCUUCUUCUGUUCGAAAAGUUCGCCUUUGCCAAGCAGAAAGUCACACAUUGGGCCAAGGACUAUGAUAUCAGCCCCGAAUCAGCAUGGACCUGCUACAUCAACUUGGCUGUGUCGAGGUUCUGCACAUGGUUUGGCAAGAUUAACCGUUCAAAUCCUUGGUGCCGAGUGCCUCCUCUGGAUGUCCUGAUGAUAUGGCACGCUCUUAUGCAGGAGCCAAGCAAGUGGAGCGAGUUCGAGGAAAUCUCAGAAUGCCCGGUUUCCAAAUGGGACUGGAAUACACUUCUUCCGAUCCUCAUGCACUCGGAGGGUGCAAAUUUCGACCUGCCAAGGGACAGUCACGACUGGGCAGCGAUGCUAUAUCCGACACCCAACACCGACCUGACGAAAAUCAUGGAUAUGAGCAUCCCCUUCAUGCAGUCGAGGAGCCCCGACGAAUCAACAGAGUUUCUGGCAUCUCAGUUCAUCAACAAGCCAGCCACCAUGAAAGUCAGCGCCCCUUCGGGCUGCUCAUUUUACUUAUCGGUGGAUAUUCAUUCGCUCGUCGAGCGCCAGUCGGACUUCGCAGCUCACAUGCUUCGAUACGCCUGGCACCGCCUGCCAACAGAUGCAGGUCCUAACAUGCCCCAAAUGGCACGGCCGAUUAAGCGCUACGCUCGGUUCAUUGCCCUCGUACGGCAUGGGGCGGACAUAUCCAGUCUCAAGGUCUUCUCAGACGGCCUAAAGGCCCGCCUAAUGCCAACACCUGACAUUGAGCUAGUCUGGAGGACACACAGGCUCUCGCGGGCCAGGUACCACAGGUACUGUGACACCGAGGGCGAUUGGGUUCACAAUCUGGGUGUGAUCAAUGCACAGCAUGUGCCAGAUGGCGACGACCUGCAGGCGUCAUCUCAAGUAUACGAGCACAUCUUCAGAGAGGAGUAUGCAAGGUGCCACUGCUGGUACUGCAUGGCAGAACAUGAGUCGCCACAUUUCUUCUGCAGCGUGGAGCAGACCUUAACAGACAAGUUAUCGGCCGAGACUAGACGCCGUCGCAGCCUGCGUCUCGAAAUACCCCUCGACCUUGCUCGCCUCCAGUGCCGCAGGUGUGGCCUGCACCCGGCCAGAGCCUGCAGGGCCAGGGAUUUCAUGAAGAAGCCCAGCACCAAACAGGAGGAAACCACAUCACCGGGCGCUUCUGCCGCCUCGAGCACCACAGCGACCCAGAAGUCGCCUACCGUGCGUGGACUGCCCAUCACCCACUUGGUACCAGCGACGUGGUCUGAGCCUGCUCCUGCUCCUCUCCCAUCUCCACACCCCAGCGGCCACUUUCAAGAUGGCCAUGUACCUAGCCGCUACAGGACACCACCUCCGCGUCACCAAUACCGGAGGAUGAGUGGAGGGAUGCCACCAACACCCGACGAGUCGCAGGAGGAGGGAGAGGAUGCGUCCCUCGACAGGAACGGGCGCCAUCGUGCCAAGUCGAUAGGAAAGCAGCGCAUGGCAUGCCGUGCUACCUCUAAUCGGCCCUGCGUCUCGAGCUGCGAUGACGACAACUCGCUCGACGACGCCAGACGUGUCGAUAAGAUCGGCACCCGGCCGCCACGGGACAGCAGCAGCUUCGCAACGACAACGACGCCCAGCACCAACUCCCAGUGUUCUUCCGGCCCGCUUCGGGAGGCUGGUGAUGCAGCCUGGUGGCGCUUCGGCGGAGCACUCCCUAUCAUGUCGGGAGCGCCCAAUUCUGCUAAGCCUGUCGACCAUGGCAUCUAUUGUGACAAGCCACUCAAUAGGUCAACGAGCGCAGGCAAUGGGGAGGGCCCCAGUUCGCUGCACCCAUCCAUGUCUUCGGAGUAG